GCAGUUGAUAUGAAUCUGGCUGGGAGUCCCAAAGACUCAGAACUGAACAUAGACGUUCAUAUCGACCUAACACAGUUUUAGUUUUUAUUUCAUUUUUGUCUCAUAUUUUUUUUUUACAUUAGCUGUACAUUUGUGUAUAUAGAUAUUAUUUUAUAUUUUUAUACAAGUCAACAAGAUGGAACUUAAUUCUCUUUUAAUUCUCCUGGAGGCUGCAGAAUACUUGGAAAGAAGAGACAGAGAAGCAGAACAUGGUUACGCGUCUGUUUUACCGUACAAUAGCGACUUUUCCCGAAAGAAAACGAAAGCUUCACCAAUUUCAAGAAAAACUCAGAACAAUAGAUCGUCACACAACGAGCUGGAGAAACACAGACGUGCCAAACUACGGCUGUACCUUGAGCAGCUGAAGGAGCUGGUUCCUUUGGGUCCGGACAGCACUAGACACACCACACUGAGCCUGCUGAAAAGGGCCAAGAUGCACAUCAAGAAGCUGGAGGAGGCGGACAGAAAGGCUCUGAACACCAAAGAGCAGCUCCAGAGAGAGCACCGCUACCUCAAACGACGUCUGGAACAGCUGGUGAUGCCUGGAGGCGUGGAACGUACCCGAACCGACAGCCUAGGCUCCACCAUCUCCACCGACUCAGAGCAAGAGGUGGACAUUGAAGGCAUGGAGUCCCCCCUGGGCGAGGGUGAGCUUGGCGAGGGCGAGGGGGACAGCGUGGACGAGAGCAUCAGUGACGACGGCCUCCUGGACGGCGAGGAGGAGGAGGACUACAACCUGCAGAGCAGCUCCAGCGACGCCAGCUACACACAGCAUUCCUCCCACAGACUGCAGCCGCACCACUGCUAGGGGCCACCAGGGGGCCCCUGAGGGCCACACCUCCAAUCAGCCCUCUAUGACCCCAGCCCCGCGUAUCCUCCUAUUCCCUUCCUACCCCCCCUAACAUUGCCCCAGCACGCACCACCUCCAGCCCACGCUACGCGGUCAUCAGCCACCCCCCCAGCAAACAGCAGCUGUGGUCUCCCCCUCCCCAAUGUCCCCAUUGGAGCUUAUUCCUUGGAACCAGGAAGUAGACAGUAGACGUUCCUGUCGUGGCUGACUUCCUGACUUUUUCCUGUCCUAACCCCUACACCACACCCUACCUCACCCCUAUCCUAUCACCCCUUAUCCCGCAUAUCUUGCCUAACCUGACCCCCAGACCUCCUCUCACCUCUACCUGUUGUUGUGGCUGCAGGCUCGGAUAUAGCAGAGCAGUUUGUGGUUUUGUUGGGGACCUCUGUGGUGAGGUGGCAGACCGCUUUGACUUGUCAAUGGGAACUCAGCGUGUGUUUAACUGUGUGUGUGUUUGUGUGUGUGUGGCAUAGUUGUGUGCGUGUGUGUCUGUGUGUGCGUGGCAUAGUUGUGUGUGCGUGUGCGUGUGUGUGUGUGUGUGUGCGCGCGUGGUAUAGGAUAGAGCAUUAGCUGGGGACAAACUUCAACUCCGUCAUUUGAAUGAGGCACAAUUUCUGAUGGAGAAAAAAAAAGAACGUUCUAUUGGAAUGUUCUAUUGGAGUGUUCUAUUGGAACAUAUCUCUUGUUAAUCUGCAAACCCCAAUCAAUGUUACCAAAUGUACUGGACAUUAGGGUCAAUAUUUCUAAGGGCAGCACAUUGAUAUCUCUCCCUCUGGCUGAGUUCCUUAACCACUGCUCCACACUACUGAACACGACACUAGAAGUGGGUCUGAAAUGGCACCCUAUUCCCUAUAUGGUGCAAGUGUCUGAAAUGGCACCCUAUUCCCUAUAUGGUGCAAGUGUCUGAAAUGGCACCCUAUUCCCUAAAUAUUCACACACGGUGCAUCCUCAGAAUCGCAAACCAUACUUUACUUUUCAGUAGCAUAUUGAUGUAGCAAUAAAACACGGGAAGAGACUGCUUUCUCAAGCAUUUAAGCGAUUCUGGUGGGUCAAUUUUGUCCCAAAAUGGCAGCAUGAUUGCCCUCUUUUACUAAGUUAUAGAGGACAACUGGGCAUUUUGGAGGGGAAGACAGUGGAUCAGCAAGAUCAAGCUAACCAUUCUUGUUAUUCACUAAUAGAUCCAUUUAUUACCCUGCUGUCAGUCUACUCCUAGCUCCAACAGUUCUAGAUGUGUGUAUGUGUAUGCGUGUGUGUGUAUGUAUGCAGGCGUGCAUGCGUAAGUGUGUGUGUGUGUGUGUAUGUAUGCAGGCGUGCAUGCGUAAGUGUGUGUGUGUGUGUGUAUGUAUGCAGGCGUGCAUGCGUAAGUGUGUGUGUGUAUGUAUGCAGGCGUGCAUGUGUAAGUGUGUGUGUGCACGGUCGGUACACAUUGACAAGUCAAAGCUGUAGAAGUGCAUAAGAAUAAAAAGCCAGCUCUAAUGAUCAGCUCUCUGUAGAGGAAUAGGUAUUGCAUCAAAACUAAUCAUAACAAUGCUUUCAUUUCUCUAACUCAAAGGUAGAUUUGUGUAUUUUCUCUGCUAUAUCUGUUAGCUAGAUACUACUUCUGAAGCUUUGGGGACAUUGUAAAAGACCAAUGUAAUGUAUUCUUAGAAAUGUACAGCACUGUCUCCAAAGCCAUGCACACCAGUAUAAAAUAUUGACGGAAGAGGCAUAUCUUUGGCCUUCGGAACAUUUAACCGUUUAGGCCUGAGUUUCUCUCGUAAUCCUUAGAGCUUGGCAUUCCAGCACUUCAGACUUGGCAGGUCUGACCAAAAAAAGAACUAACAAAAAAAAAUCACAAAAGACUUAGAAAAACGUUGCAAUGAAAAAAAAAAACAGCUAUCGGUCACUGAAAGUGAUACUGUAGUCUAUAUUUUCUAUUCUAUUUUCCUAAAUGUUCUCGUUUAAUGAAAAGACAAAAAAGAAGAGUAUAUCUAUAUAAAUAUAUGACAGGCAGACAGACAGAAGGCCAGGCUAGUUGAAGGUAGAGAGAGUGUAGAACAGGGAAACUAGGAACCUGGUUGCCCCCUUCUCUAGAUCUCUCCCCAAUGUCAUUCUGUGCCUUGGUGAGCCUUGGUGACUGUUGUCGUGUGCCCCCCUAACUCCUCCUCCCUCCAUCCCUACUCAGGUCUUGACCCUGCUACACACUCCCCCAGCUCCACCCCUUGCCCCCCAGCUCCACCCCUUUUCGGAGUAGAUGAACACUUUGUUUUAACCCCUUCCACCCAAGCCAAAUGGUAAAUCUGUCUCCUCCUUGAUUGAAGAAGGGGCACGUGAAGAACUGAUUUUAGCCCCUUUUGCCUCCAUCGAGUACCUCUCAAGGUGCACCCCUGGUGCGGUUGCCAGGUACGCCCUACCCACUUGACGCCUGCCUGCCACGCCGCUUAAAGUCAACACUGGCCAUACUGGUAACUCCCGAUGGCAGCUUCCAUUCACUCGCCCUGGCUGGUCAUUAUUGGGGUUCAAUCAGUCAACCUAAUUGGGGGUUUAAACUGCUUAUUUUGUUGUUGUGGCAGCCAUUUUGUUUUAGCUCUGUUUAUGAAAUGCACUUGUUUUUGAACAUGAAACCAUUGGGUGAGGAGAAGGGGGAGAAAUCCAAUCAAUGAAGGCAGCUCGUGGUGUUCUCCUCCCUCCCUCCUCCCGGUGGCACCUUCCCUACUCUACUCUACUACCAUAGUUUUACCGUGACCCUGGUGGUCAUGGGGCGUCUCGAGACACAGCAAUAUGACCAUCUUGUGCUUUUUAAAGAGGAAGUGGGCGGUUGGUUGGUAGGCAGGCUUGGGUUUUGAAAAAGAAGAAAAAGACAGAUUUGUGCUUCGACUCUGUGGUUCAUUUUGUGACCAACAAUGUUAACAUUUCUGUUGAUGGAUUUGACCUCUGAACUCUCCAUACACUGAAGGAGGGCGAAAAGAAACUGAGAAAGAUAAAGUUCUUGAGUUUACAUUCAUGUCAAGGACCUUUGUACACGACUGUUAGGAGCACAGAUGUACUACUCUUUCAGUUUGCUUUUGAAAUGAACAACUGAGUAAAACUUGUCAAAUGAAAACAAAAUAUUCUCUUGCACAGAACCUCCCAUCAGCUAAUGUGAGGCAAUGAGUAAACGGAAACACACGUGGGCCAGGUAUGAGAUUUCUCAUGUUCAGCGACAUCAUUUUAUAAUGCACAUAGCGCACGUUCAGAAAGAGUGAGUGGUUGGAGGGCAGGUGUAUUAGCAGAGGAGGAUACUAAUUCAGAUACUGAAUGUAGGAGCGAAAGAAGUUGAAAAUACGUUAAGCAGACGUCUUUUUGGUUGAAAAAAGUAUAUUUUGUGUUGAAAAGGACUUUUUUGGUUGAAAAGACGUGGCCUUUUCAAAGUCUUGCGCUCACUGGGUUUCAGGGAAUAAGACUGCUGGAUAGUGGUUAUGGAAUUUAUUUCAAUGAUGUGCCUUGAAAAUAACUUUGUUUUCUUUUAACCAGAGAGAUUGUACUUAACGUCUGACAGAGAUUGUCGAGCAAAUCACUUGGCGACAGGCAUUGAACACUAAAUGUGUUGAUUUGUGAAUAUGAGUUUGGAAACGCCUGGGGAAAGUAUCGGUUGAAAGAUGUGUGCUCGACUCUCAAACCUUUCGCAAUGCAAAAACAACAUUAUUGUAAAAGUAAUCAAUGGUGCUGUCUAACAAACUUCCUUUAAAUGUCAGAGCGGGGGGGGGGGGGGGGUUGACACACUUAUCAAUCAAGAUGUAUUGACUUUUGUCGAAGCCGAGAGGUGGUUGAUCCCUGCUUUAAAAAUCAUCUAGUCUCUGAAAUUUAUCCAAGUGUGUUUGAUUUUUCUUUUCAAAGCACAAAAACACAGCAAAAUGAUGAUUGAGUCUGUCUGCCAGGCUAUUGCUGCCAAGGGAGUCAGCAGGAGGGAGAGAUUGGGGUGAAAUAAGGUUGAGGCUCAGACCAAACAAGUGAAGCCUGUAUAGAGGCAAGGGGAAAGUCAACAGACGGACAUACACUCAGACCUGGGUUCACAUAGUAUUGUGAAAUCUCUGAAAACACUUUAGCUGUGCUUGAUUGUGGCUGUCUGCCUGUUUUUAAUAGAAUGGGCCCAAAAGAGCAAAUCCCACCCAUUUGGCUGGCAGGCAGACUUAACAAGCAAAGUAUUUGAAAUCUUCCUAUUUGAGCUCAGGUCUGACAGUUACUUUCAGAGACAAUUAGAACCCAUUCCUGUCCUCUGUCCUCUCCAAGUGCAGCGCUAUGAACAAACAAUCGAAUAAUGCCGUAACGAAAACCCGAUUCCUGCCAAAUAACUAGUCACUUUGAUUUCCUUUCCACCCCCUUGCGAACAGUCAUCAGACACCUAUGGAAUCCCAUCUUAAAUCAGCUUUAAUAGCAACAUGAAAUGUAGAUUUUAGUCCCAAGUGUGUCAUUGUUUCUCAUCUUAAACCCUCUAACCCGUUACUGUCCUUUCUGUUUCUGUCUGUGUGACAUUGCUAGAGCACCGUCUGAAGAUAGGAAUGAUUUCUUUCCUCUUUUAUGUUAUGAGUUCUGCGAUCGUUCUCUUGUUGUCGUCUUGUUGUCGAGUUGGCAUGAGAGAACUCUUAGUCCCGAGGGUGUUGUGUGUCUCGUUGAUAGACAGUUUAGGGGCCUCGGAACUUUGGCCAGAGGGGAGGCUGGUUGAGAUUAGGUUCAGAGGGAGGGAGAGGAUGAAGGGGGCUGAGGGAGCUUGGCAUCGUAGUCAGGCAAAACACUGAGUAGGGAGAGUUCUGUGCCAGAGACCUGUGAAUAUGUUCCUUUAAUAGCAGAUGUUGUAAUAUGCUUUCAAAAGAUGUGCUAUAUUAUAUAAAUUCCUAUGUAUGGAUACAUGAGUUUACCUGGUGCUGGAUAACAUUUUGGCACACACUUGAAGGUAUUACAGUGUAUUCUUUAAUUGUAAUAUAAUUAAAAAAAUGUUUUUUACACAA